UGUCAGUUGAACGAAACGUGUCCUGCUUCUAUACAGUGAACCCAUUUAAAGGUGGCAAAGACGGUGCGCUCUGGUGCCCUGUGUAAAUCUCCGGUUCUUGUCUUCCUCCUUAUCAUAUCUGAACAUUCUCAAUUUCUAUUUGUAACUAUCAAUUUUAUUAAGCUCUCUUCUGUGUCAACCGCUGUUUCGAUGGACUUCCAAAUGGCUCAUGCUCAUGGCCAUGGCAAAGCUCACGAGCAAGAACAAGAACCUCACAUUGUUGGGGAUCACACCAGUGGCGAAGGGGAAGAUAAGCAUCACCAGGAGACGAAAUGGGUUCUGAAGAAGGUGAAAGCAAAGGCAAGGAAGAUAAAAGACACGCUCACAAAACAUGGUCAUAAUCACAAUCAUGACCACGAUCAUAUCCCUGAUGAUCAUGAUCUUGAUGAGGAAGAAAUGGUCGAAGACCCUGAAGUUCAUGGUGCACCAAUAUACGAGGCCACAGCCAUUAAGACCAUUGGGGUCGUGGACUCUCGAGUCAAUACUGAAAAGUCAACAGUCAUGGAGGUUGAUCGUCGGCUGCCGAGCCUGAAUCCUGAUGAAGGGGCUGAUCUUGAAAACGUUGAUAGUGUAAACGACGCCGUAGGUAAAGGAAAUCAAAGGGUCAAUUUAGGUUUGACGACGGUCGUGGGUGAAAUUCCUGCAGCACCACAAAAUACACCUGUAUCUUGCACUGAUCCUGGAAUUCAACACACCAGAGACGAUGACCCAAUCAGAACUUUUCUGUAUCCUGAAGAGGAACUUUCAGGGCAACCGAAAGUGAACUUGCAAAGACCGAAAGGCUUGGUAGAGGAUCCUGGAGCUCCAAGGGACACUGCUGGUGCUUAUGUUCCUGGGAAUUAUCAAAACAAAGGCAGUUACCAUACUGGCAAAGGUGGUGAAAAAGCAGGAGUUACCCCAGUUAUUCAAUCUUUUGACAAAAUGAAAAUCUAUGACGAAUCAAAACUAAAUUCAGGAGAGAAACAGAGCUUAUAUUCAGGAGAAAAACAGAGCUUACCUACUGGAACCGGAGAUUUUCUUACUAGUUUGCCAACUGGAAGCCAUGACCAGUUCUCGCCAGAAUUAUCUCCCCCAGAACGUAAGAGCACAGAAGACAAUCCACAAGAGAACGUACUUGGCAGGCCCUCGAACCAGGGUAGCUAUACUGAGAAAUUUUCAUCUGCCACUUCUGCAAUUGCCGAUAAAGCAGUCUCUGCUAAGAAUGCCAUAACUUCCAAGCUUGGAUAUGGCGAGAAACACCACAGAGGAAAUGCCCAGGAACGCGGGGUUGAAGGGCAAGACAAAGGAAUAUCAGUGAAGGACUAUCUUGCAGAGAAAUUGAAGCCCGGAGAAGAAGAUAGGGCUUUAUCAGAGGUGAUAUCUGAGGCUUUUCAUACAAAGGAAGAAGAACCUGAUGAAACAGAUAGGCCUAUGAGGAAAGUGACCGGGUCCGAGGACGUGGCCAGGAGAUUGGGAACCCAUGAAAAUGAUGACUCUUCCAAGGAGAGUAACAUAAAUUCCAGUUUUAUUAGUAAUAACAGCAGUACUUGUGGUAAUGGUGUGGUUGAUAAGGUCAAAGGAGCAGUUGGUUCUUGGUUCAGAAAAGGGGAUGAAUCCAAGGGAUCUCAGCAGUAAUUUGAUUCCUCAUUCGGUAAGUCAGGAAAUCGGCAUUACUGUUGACAGAAGACUUGGGGAGCCUGGCAAUUGGUACAAUCCUACUCCGAACUCAAACAUAAUUGUAUUUUCAGUGUUGUUUGCUUUGAUGUUUCUAUAUUUUGUAUGUGUAGAUAGUUUCUGAGUGGACAUCACUUUUUUAUGUUCCCCUUAAGGUGUAACAUCGUAGAUGUUA